AUGCUUGACACGCCCUCCACUCCACCCAAGUCUAUCAAAGAAGAGGCUUCUUCGCCUGUUGUGUCUCCAGACACAACCAUGACUGAGCCGGUUCGUAAUUGCGCCGAGCUUGACGAUAUUGCAGAGGAGACUCUGGAAGAUGACGAAGACGUGCCCGACAUCCAUCGUGAGUUCAUUUGCAUGAACGACGAACACACACGUUGCCAGACGGGCCAGUACACCAAAGACCUGUCGCGCAAGGUCAUUUCCGAUCACUUUGGCCGCAACAAAGCCUGCACGCGCGACAUUACCGACUGGCCUCUGUUCUGCCGCAAGCACUACCAGCGCGCAACCUACAACAAAGCAAAGUGGCAGAUCCGCAAGGUCCAGCUCAUCUUCCGCCAACUCGACGUCAUCGAGAAGCAGUUCCCAGGCACCACGUACGACAUUGCGUUGAAGAAGUCGGAGGAAGCGCGCCUGAACCAGUACUCGCGCCACAUCACUUCGGGACUGUCUGGCGAGGCUGCCGAGCAGCGCGUUGCGCCUAUCCCUGGCAAGAACUUUGAAGCACCCAUCGAUGUACUGCGCGAGCUGGACCAGUGGCUUGGCCGCGGCAAGAGCUACGACGAGGUCAAGAAGAUUGUCGAUGUCAUUCUCCAGAUGCUUGAGGCGCACGAGUGCGAACAGGUCCCUUCGAUUGAGUUUCUGCCUCGCCUCCCUGCCAGGUUUGCCUCGUCUACAAAGACGCCAGCCAAGUCUCGCGCUGCAAAGUCGCCAAAGUCUCUUAAGACUCCUUCGCAUGUUUCCGACAAGGGCUCCGUGAAGAAGACAAAUCGCAACGCUUAG